AUGAAUAGAAUGGGAAGCUCCGCGGGAACGCGCUCAACGAAGCCAGGAACAAAACCCUCAGUGGGGCCAACUCCUGAAACGCCAGAAACGUUAUCCACUGAGGCGCCAACUCCUGAAACGCCAGGCACUGGAUCAAGUGAGACAUGGUCUGUGACGCCAAGCGGCACGCCGGGUCCCGAAACGCCGUCACGAAUGACUUCUCCGGAAAGGACUCCAGAAACUACGGGAUCAGAAACGUCACCGGAAUCGGCGCCAUCAGGCACAAUGCCACAAAGUACUGGUCCAAGCACGCAAUCUAAGCCAUGGGAAUCUAGCAUGACGCCAGGUUCAACGGCGUCGGGCACGUCACCAGGGCCGAUGCCACCAGGCACGACACCCGAGACUCCCGGGUCAGGAACGACACCGGAGGUUUCACCUUCUGUCACGCAGCCUGAGACUACAGAAACAAACAGGGAGUCGGAUGACACAGACAUUACCACGGAAUCGCGAAUUCCAGGGUCGCAAACGACCCCAGAAAGUCCGGGACCAGAAACGCCAUCCAAGCCUUCGGGACCACCAAAGCCAUCCAGGCGUACGAGACCAGCAAAGAUUACAAGGACGCCAAGUUCGGAAGAGACUUCAAAGACGCCAAGUUCGGAAGAGUCACCUGUGACCACCGCUUCAGGCACGCCAUCAGGAACGCCGGGUUAUGGGACGCCACCAGAGACAAGCCCGGUAGAGUCACCGGCGACCAUUGCUUCAGGCACACCACCAGAGACAAGCCCCGCAGAGUCACCGGCGACCAUUGCUUCGGGCACACCAACAGAGACAAGCCCCAUAAAGUCACCCACGACCAUCGCUUCAGACACAUCAUCAGGAACCCCCGGUUACGGCAAGCCAUCAGAAACGCCGGGUUACGCGACGCCAUCAGGAACCCCGGGUUACGCCACGCCUUCAGAAACGCCGGGUUACGGGACGGCACCAGAGACAAGCCCCAUGGAGUCACCGGCGACCAUUGCUUCGGGCACGCCAUCAGAAACGCCGGGUUAUGCCACGGCACCAGAGACAAGCCCCAUGGAGCCACAGAUGAGCUCAACCUCAACGACGAUGAUGGAAUCGAUGCCAACUUCCCAGAUGACGUGCAAGCCAACGACGUGUCCACCGUGCCCAGCGAUACCACCCGAGUGCACCGAACUAAUAAGCAAGGGCCAGAAGGAGGACGAACAGAUCAAACUGGAUGUACCGCCCGACUCGUUCUCAGAACGGUGGUACAAGAAGUAG